AUGGAUUCAUCAUCAAAUCAGAUCGUUAAAGAAAUUCCCGGGGUCAUUCGAGUAUACAAAGAUGGCCGGUUCCAGAAACUCGCCGGCACAGACGUCCUUCCCGCCGGUAUUGAUCCUUCCUCCGGCGUCCAAUCCAAAGAUGUCAUCAUCUCACCUGAAACCAACCUCUCCGCCAGGCUUUACCUUCCCAAAACCCCCACCAAAAAACUCCCCCUUUUAAUCUACAUCCACGGCGGUGGAUUCAUCAUCGACACCGCCGCCUCUCCACACUAUCAUGACUUCCUGAACCUCAUCGCAGCCGAAUCCAACGUAGUCAUAGUCUCCGUUGACUAUCGAACAGCGCCGGAGUACCCCGUCCCCGCCUGCUUCAACGAUUCCUGGGAAGCAAUCAAGUGGGUCGUCGGAAACUGCCCCGAGCCAUGGCUCAACGACUACGCCGAUCGUGAAAACUUAUUCUUUUCCGGCGACAGCGCCGGUGCCAACAUUGCCCACCACAUGGCUAUUCGGGUCGGGUUAGAGAAUCCAAGUUUGAGUAUAAACCUACGUGGCAUCAUCCUGCUCCACCCGUAUUUUUGGGGAAACGAUCGAAUCGGGUCUGAAGGAGAAGACCCGCGGAAGACAUUAUUAGACGAUAUGUGGAUCUUUGCCCACCCGGGAACAAGUGGGUUAGAUGACCCGCUGAUUAACCCUGCUAAGGAUCCGAAUUUGUCGGAUCUUGGGUGCUCCAGGGUACUGGUUUGUGUUGCUGAGAAAGAUAUUGGGAAGAAUAGGGGAUGGUAUUAUAAGGAUAAUUUGGAUAAAAAUGGGUGGAAUGGAGAUAUUGAGGUUAUCGAGGAUAAAGGAGAGGAUCAUGUAUUUUUCCUAUUUAACCCUUCUGCUAAUAAUGCUAGCACUUUGCGCAAUAGAAUUUGUACUUUCAUUAACCACAUGGACUGUUAG